ACAUAAUCUAAGGCUCACGCCCAAGUCUCUGAACCCCUCUGUGUGUGCUAGUUCCUGUGUGGUUUGCCUACAGACUGCUGGGCUGCCAGGGGCAGUCUGGAGGAAGGAGUGAGGUGGGGAGGAGGAGGCACUGCUAAUGGAUCUGUAAGCACCCUCUCUCAGUGUGGUGCUUGGAAGACUGUGCAAGGUGGAUCUAUACUCUGAAAUGCAGUACGUUUGAUAGUUUGACUCAUCUUCCUUCUUGCAAGAGAGAAGUCUAGUAACUCCGUGCCAAAGCCAAGACAAACUCAACCUCUUUGCUUCCAAAAGCUUCGGGUUACACCAUGGAAGCUGUCGCCAAGUUUGAUUUCACCGCCUCAGGUGAGGACGAACUGAGCUUUCACACUGGAGAUGUCCUGAAGAUUUUAAGUAACCAAGAGGAAUGGUUCAAGGCGGAGCUUGGGAGCCAAGAAGGAUAUGUGCCUAAGAAUUUCAUAGACAUCCAGUUUCCUGAAUGGUUUCACGAAGGCCUCUCACGACACCAGGCAGAGAACUUACUCAUGGGCAAGGAGGUUGGUUUCUUCAUCAUCCGGGCCAGCCAGAGCUCCCCAGGGGACUUCUCCAUCUCUGUCAGGCAUGAGGAUGAUGUUCAGCACUUCAAGGUCAUGCGAGACAACAAGGGUAAUUAUUUCCUGUGGACUGAGAAGUUCCCAUCCCUAAAUAAGCUGGUGGACUACUAUAGGACGACUUCCAUCUCCAAACAGAAGCAGAUCUUCCUAAGGGACAGAACCAGAGAAGAUCAGGGUCACCGAGGCAACAGCCUGGACAGAAGGUCCCAGGGAAGCCCGCACCUCAGUGGAGCUGUGGGAGAAGAAAUCCGGCCUUCCAUGAACCGCAAGCUAUCGGAUCACCCGCCAGGCGUCCCCUCGCAGCACCAGCACCAUCACCAGCAGGCACCCCUGCAGUACGGCCCCGCACUGCAGCCCCCUCAGCAGCGCUACCUGCAGCAUCACCACUUUCACCAGGAGCGCCGAGGAGGCAGCCUUGACAUAAACGACGGGCACUGUGGCACCAGCCUGGGCAGUGAAAUGAAUGCGGCCCUCAUGCACCGGAGGCACACAGACCCGGUGCAGCUGCAAGUGGCUGGGCGAGUGCGGUGGGCUCGGGCCCUGUACGACUUUGAGGCCUUGGCGGACGAUGAGCUGGGAUUCCACAGCGGAGAGGUGGUUGAGGUUCUGGAUAGCUCCAACCCAUCCUGGUGGACCGGCCGACUACACAACAAGCUGGGCCUCUUCCCUGCCAACUACGUGGCACCCAUGACGAGAUGAACCCUUCGGGGGGCCAGAGGCAUUUUGUCUGAAGCUUCCCACAAGAGGGGACAAGGAAAAAAGGCUGGACUGCUUGACUACAUACACACACAUACACGACAUUUUGUAAUAGUAAUUUAUUGGCAACUGGGAUGGUUAAUUAGUUGAUAUGAAAAGGAGCUUGGGUAGAGAAUGAUAUUCAUACUUACUUUUCUAUUCCCCUCAGGGUUUGCAGAAGGCAGUAGGGGCGGGGAGGGGGGUGCAGGGAAAUCAAACAGAACUUCCUUCUUGCCUUGGGUAUUUUCACAGAGAGGAGCUGAGCAGAGACCACACCCUGGCAUUGGACACAGAACAGCAGGGUGGAGUUGGACUUGGUGAGGCACGUUCUAGCUCAUUGGCAAGCCCAGCUCCCCUGGAAGGGCAGCUCUCCUCUUGUUCUCCGAGGGGUGGACACUGCUGUGCUGAGAGUCCAGGUGCCAAAGCAGUGCACAGGUAGCUGGGAGUGGGCCCAGGCGUAGGGGCAGGACAGUGUUGGAGAGGCCCACCUGAACAGGGUUGAUCUCCUAGUCAACACCCCACUGAGACUCACACGUCCUUCAGAUGAAUGUGCCUUGGAUAAUCCUCUUCCCUGCAGACAGGAGAGAGUGGUCUCCAGCAUGGAGAGGAACUGACACCCCAUGAAGAGUCCAGCCCUGGGAAAUCAAGGGAUUUCUCUUGGACCCCCAGUGGCUACUCGGAUGUAACCUCUGCUCCCCAGCUGCAAAGAUAGUAGCAUCCUAGAUCCUAUAAAGUGCCCGGGGACUCCCUGGCUGAGAAUGUUCAGUUUAGAGUUGCAAUGUGAUGCUUACAAGGGUGUGUCUUCAGGGUUCUGUUCAUUUUCCCUCUGGAUUUUCUGUGAUUUGAAGAGGCCUUGCCCACGGGCACAGAGAGUGGUCCACUUUGCUGCAUUGACUGUUGGUUGGUUGACUGAGCAUGACCCAGGCGGAUGCUGGCUUUGAGAUGAGCUUCCUUGUGGAGCUAACGAAUGCUGACCUAUGUGUCAACUCCUUGUCAACUCAAACCGGAAUCAUGUUCCUAAGGCUCCACCGGGGGUGUGAAGUGCAGACCAGCUUGGCUGGGGGAAGACAUUCUUGACACUGGAAGCUCUGGGCCUUAGUGGAGCCUGAAAGCAAACAUGUCUGCACAGAGGGCACUUCUUAGGAGUGUGUGUGCAUGUGUGUGGCUGUGUGUGCACCUGUGCAUGUGGCUGUGUGUAUGCACGUAUGCUGAGACAGGAAAGAAAGGGUCAGGGCGAAAGUGUUGAUGAGGGAACCUAGAGAUGGAUUUUCUUCCCCAGUCCUUCCUGCUCUAGGAGGGACCCAGAAGCAGCCAUUGUAAAGGUCAUAAGCUGUGUCCCCUGUGACUCUGAUUCUACUCUUCUCUGAUCCCCAUGUUCCCUUUAGAGAAAAGGGGAGGAGACCCUAUGGGAGACAUUGGGAGGGACAAGAAAAUAGCCUGGGAGAGGCAGGGGGGAGUGGAGCCUGAGUGGAGAGCAUCUGCAGCCUUUGGAAGUGAGAACAUGGAGAGGAACCAGAGGCUGGGACAUCUCAGAGGAUAGAGGAGCCGCGUGAGUGACACAGAGGCAGGAACAGGAGCUUGGGGUGAAGAGAGCUAAGUAAAGAGAGAGUGACAGCCAGUGGGCAGGCAGGGCACAGGAGGGAGGGGCCAGGCAGCUGGGCACAGGGAGGAUCAGAGCAGAGAAGUUGCCGCUGUGGCCAAGGCAGGGAGCAAAGAAACACAGGAAUAAAAAGAGGAGAAAGAAGGCAGAGGCAAAGAAGACCUCAUAAGCUAUUUUGGUAUUUGGAUAAAGUGAAACGUACAGUAAAUAAAAGCCAGAAGUAAUGUUUGAUUUGUCAGUAUUUACAAACCAUAUGCGUUAAACAGCCCACGAACUUCAUCCAUUUGUCCGAUGAGGUGGGACAAUGGUACGUGAUUAGAUUGUGGGCUACAUUUUGGGCUUUGAAACAAACACUUCUCAAGAAAGGAGAAAUAAAACAAGUGUGCUCG